CCGCCGCUGCCACAUCCUUCUGCUCUCUUUCCUCUUGUUACGGCUGCGCGGGGCUCCUCCUCUUGCCGCGCUUGCGCCGCCGCCUUCUGCUCUCUUUCCUCUUGUUACGGCUGCGCGAGGCUCCUCAUCUUGCCGCGCAUGCGCCGCCGCCGCUGCCGCAUCCUUCUGCUCUCUUUCCUCUUGUUACGGCUGCGCGGGGCUCCUCCUCUUGUCGCGCUUGCGCCACCGCCUUCUGCUCUCUUUCCUCUUGUUACGGCUGCGCGAGGCUCCUCCUCUUGCCGCGCUUGCGCCGCCGUCUCCUCCACUGUAUGUGAGACCCUCGAAACACAUCAUUUCCGUGGGAGCUCUCAUUGGGCGGAAACGUCCGUGGGUAGGGAAUCCCAAGAUAUCAGAAACGGGGAAACUGAAAAUCAUCCGAUUCAGAGAAAACAAAAAUAAAGGCAAUGUAUUGAGUGGAAUUCCAAGCACAACUGAUAAACAAAUCUUCUGGUUGACCAUUUCAUUGGUCUAUCAAUCAAGUAAAUGGCAGCUGCAGAUGAUUUACAGUUUCAAGAGUUUGAUGAUGCCACAAACCUGCUGGCAGCAAAUCCAGAUGCUACCACAAUAAGCAUCACAGACACCAAUGAUAAACCUAAAAAUCAGAGAGGCCCACCAGGCAAGUUGGGAAGAGAUGAGGAUGAAGAUUUGCUCGGGAAUGAAGACUCUGAUAAAGCAGAGUUGCUUGCGGGACAAAAGAAGAGUGCUCCAUUUUGGACGUUUGAUUAUUAUCAAACAUUUUUUGAUGUGGACACCUACCAGGUGUUGGACAGAAUAAAAGGUUCCCUUUUACCACUGCCUGGCAAAAAUUUUGUGAGAUUGUAUAUUCGGAGUAAUCCAGAUCUUUAUGGUCCCUUCUGGAUAUGUGCCACACUGGUGUUUGCAAUAGCGAUAAGUGGCAACCUUGCAAAUUUCUUGACUCACCGGGGCCAGCGUGGUUACCGCUAUGUACCUGAGUUCCAUAAAGUUUCUAUAGCAGCUACAGCUAUCUAUACCUAUGCCUGGCUCAUUCCUCUCGCUCUGUGGGGCUUUCUAAUGUGGAGAAAUAAUAAAGUGAUGAACAUCGUGUCGUAUUCAUUCCUGGAGAUAGUGUGCGUCUAUGGAUACUCGCUGUUUAUUUACAUUCCCACUGCAGUGCUAUGGAUUAUUCCAAACGAGAUUGUACGUUGGAUUACGAUUGUGCUGGCCAUGUGCCUCUCAGGCACCGUGCUGUUGAUGACCUUUUGGCCAGCUGUCCGUGAUGAUAACCAGAGAAUUGCCAUAGCAACUAUUGCAGUCAUUCUGAUCCUUCAUGCCCUGCUUGCAGUUGGCUGUAAGGCCUAUUUCUUUGAUCCUCCAGAACAAGUCAAAGCUACAUUUGUAACCACAACCACCCCUGUUACCAUUAAUGGAACUACCUUGGUUUCCAAUAGAACAUAAUUUGCCGGGUUAAACUGUUACAUUAGUGUUAUGAUCCCAGCCGAUUGUUAUUACUAAACAAGUCAGAUCCUAGACUUUUUUCUGAAGAAGGGUCUAGGCCCGAAACGUCAGCUUUCCUGCUCCUCUGAUGCUGCUUGGCCUGCUGUGUUCAUCCAGCUCUACAUCUUGUUAUCUCAGAUUCUCCAGCAUCUGCAGUUCCUACUAUGUCCUAGACUGAAACCUGGAUUGAUUGUUCAGAUUUUAUUUCGGUUUUGUUUUAAUGAGGUGGUCUCUCAAUGAAAUAUAUGCAACUCAAUGUUGCCGAUUUUGUUUUAACAAUAAAACAAGUUUAUUCAUCAAAAGAAAUUUUUGAAUAAACCAUACUGUUUACUUACAACACAAAUUAAAAGGUUUUUAAACACACAGUAAAAGUAUAAUCCCACUACUGUAUAUACUUGUGUAAAAGUCAGAUUUUUUAGACUGUUUUUUAAGGUUAAAUUUAUGGGAUCGACUAUUGCGUGAGGGGCUGAAAUUCAUUCUACAGUCCAAAAUACCGUAUCAUUAGCAGAAGCCCAAUUGAUCUCUAAACAAAUAAAGAAAAAGAAACAAAUUAUGGUAAUUACUGUAAUAUCUUCUAGUUCAACAGGCAGUUUUUCUGCAAUCUUAGUUCUCUGCCGAAGUACUAAGUCAUGCCUCCUCGUGAACCUUGUGUACCGUCCAGUACUUGCCUUAAAAUCCAAAAUUCCAUCCUUGUUUGAUUUGUUUCGUGCAUGGAUUAGGAUGGCUUCUCAACUAACACAUUUUCCGUUUUGACAGUUUUCAAGUACCCAUUCAGCAACAUUUUUUUCUCCAAUUGUGGCCACUUGCUCGGUUUCCCUCUGGGGCACUUUUGUUUUGGCAUUGUCUGAAGUUGAGUUGAUACCUUUUCCAGUCUCUCACAAGUUGCUCCAAAACACAAAAUUCUCUUGCUGCUACACAGUUAUUUGCCUUCUCUGCAACUUCAAUAACUUUCAGUUUAAAUGCUGCUGUAUAUUUUUUGUUUUUUCUGGAGGGAAUUUUUACACAAAAUGAAGAAGAAAUUUCAAAACACAAUAGCAUGAAAAAGAUUGAUUUCCUCAUUGUAACACUUAUGUACAGGAUAAUAUCUUGACUCUCAAAUGUUGAUCUGUUAUCUGUGAAGAACUAGGGUCAACUUUUAUAUGAGAUAUAUGGAAAAAUCCAAAUUUUUUGGCCAAAAAUAGGGAGUCAGCUUUUACAGGAGAUCGACUUUUAUUUGAGUAUAUAUGUUAAUCCCAAAAUAAUCCCUUACAAUUUCCAAAAAUGUCCAAUACACAAAAGGAUCCUUUAUACAGUACUCACACCAAAGGAAAGAAUAUGUUCCUCACACAUCUAUAGGUUUAAGGUAACUGUGACUUUAACUUCUGGACCAGAAACAUUGAUAGCUUCUUCUUGGAGCAAUCUACACUUAAGCUUAAACAUAUUCAGCUUCAAUUAAUCUCUUCAGGGGUUUCUCACAACACUUCUGGUUUGGGACUACCAGUAACUUCGUACUGAAAAAUAAUCUAGUUUUACUAUACUCCCCUUCUCGGGUGCAUUGCUUUGUGCAACCUUUAUCCAUUCAUAGCAUUGCUCAAAUCAACGUAAAACUUAAAAAAUGCCACCCCUCCUAAAUUAUGGGUAUUUCCCCCAAGCUUUAAAAAAUCCUGAAUCCAGAAAUUUCCAACAGACCAUAAAGCAUAAUGGUCUACCAUGCAAGUCACAACAUAUCCCGAAAUAAAUAAAAACCCAUUAGUGCUGCCAAAGUAGCUGACAAACUGAUGUAAAAGAAAUUGCCAUGGCUAUAGAAAUACUUACAAGAUAAUUAUUAAUUUCAGAAACAGAGAAAAUCCAUAUGUCCCUAACUCAGACUAAAAUAAAUUAUAUUUAAAAUAUUUGCAAAUUACACAGUUUAUAUCACAAUAGUUUCAGAAUUACGUGCAGAGCUUCAGGUGAUUAUCAGGACUCUUGAGUGGAAAGUGAGGGUAGGAAAAUUUCAAGAUAAAUAUUCUUUUCUCUGAUUAGAAAUUCAAUAGCCAGGUUUUCGAUAUGAUCAGAAAUUAUGAAAAUUUUAUUUGUCAUUAUGAAAAUGUUAUCUAUGAAAGUGUUAUUUAUUUUGUAAGAUGUUUUCUCCUGUAAACUAUUUAAUCUUUAUACAUGUAUAAAUGUUGCCUGUGUCUGUUUAGCAACAGUUACUCAACAGUUUUGGUGAGACAGUGACACACCAGGAAAAUAGCAAGAUUUAGUAGUUGUUUCUGUUUUAUUCCAUGAUAAUGCAUUCUUUCAUUUGAUUAAUUGCAAAAAAACUAACAAGAGAAUUAAAGAAAGCUCUGUUAAUGAAAACAUUUGGUAUUUAAAUGAGUUUGUGAUGCAAUCUCAGACUUGUUAGAAACAGAAAAUGGUUUUCGUCUUAAAAAGUUCAUCUUAUUUUAAUUGAUAACAUUGAUUUCUCGCCAUAUCCCUCAAUUACAUUUGUUUGCAGAAACUUUUCUAAAUAUUUUUUAACCUAACCAAUUUAACUUAUUAAUGCCAUCAGUUGCAAUGGCCAUGUCUGUUAAUAUAUUCAAGUCUUUUAUCCUUCAUAUAAAAAUCAAAAUGUCUCUGAUUACUUAACUUCAAGAUUUCUUAUGUUCCCAUCUUCAAAAUUAUUAACUGACCCCCCCCCCCCUCUUUUUGGUAUCGUGAAAAUGCACUUCAAUCAACUUAUUAUCUUUUCAUUCAUAAUUUUCAAAAGUGCAAAAGUUAGCAUUCUUUGUGAAAACUCCUUGUGCUUGCUUGCAGAUUCUUUUAUUGAUGUCUCGGCAAUUGUUUAGUCUGAAGAGCCUUCCCAAUCCUUGUAACUUGGGUUAUGUAAUUUAAGAAAACACUUGAAAGACGUUUAUUCAACAGACGCUGGGACAUUUGGUUGUUGCAAAGUUCCAAACUAACUCAAUUAAAUUUUGGGAUUAUUCUCA